GAAAAUGCUCUUGAUAUUCACAUUGUUAUUCUCUCUAGGGCAGAGUGAAUUGGUCUAUCUUGGAUACAAGAACUACACAAUGGCAAAGAAGGAACACUAACCUUUGAUAGUCUUCUAUUACGGAGAUGACAAACAAUCUAAAAAGUUUCUAGACGAUUUCAUAGCCAUUGCCACAGGACAACACAGCCUUUAAAAAACAGGCUCAUAUCCAACAAAUAUCAAUUUUGGACUCGUUAACUCUGUUGAAGAAAAAAAACUCAUGGAAAAAACUUAGAUCUAAGUCACUCCAUCAAUCUUUCUAUUUUAUGCCGACACUUAAAAAUAAAAGUAUUCUGGAGCCUAUAAUGCAUAAGCCUUCCUAAACUGGCUAAAGAAGACUUACAGGGACUCUCCAGAAUUAAGUAUUUAUACAAUCUAAUAUUUAGAUGAGUUUUAUCCAUCAUCUCUCCUUCAAAAAUGGGAUCAAUUUGUUAACAAAAUUAACAGCUUCCAACUAAUUGCCUUCUUAGCCACUCCUGAAUACAGAGUCUCCCCUUUGAAAGCUUUCGUCUAAGCAGCCAAGCAAUUACCAUAAGGAGUAAAUAUUAAACAAAAUCUCUUAGUAUGUUUUUUGUCACAUCUUCAAUGCAGAAUUGUACUAACAUUUAGGAUUAAAAAAAGAAGAAAGUGGUCUUGUUAUUUAUAGUAAAUUGGAAGAUCUUGAAGAUAUCAGCGAAGAGAAGACUAAGAAAUAUCAAACUUAUUUGCAUAAAUUUAAGGGAGACAUUAAAAAUACUGAUGAAAUCCUCCAAUUUUUAAAGAUCUAUGCUUUUAAAAAAGGAUUUGUCUAUGUGGAUGAUACUAAAUUCUAGAAGUUAUCCAGAAGAGUAGACUUAUUGCCAUCAGUAAUUUUAUUAUACAAUAAAACAAGUAUUUUUAAUUGUAAAUUCUAAUUAGAUCCUGAACAUGAGUAAUAUGUCUAAAAGAUGUAAGAUGCUAGAUACCCUUUGUUAAAUAAAGCUAUUGUAGGUGUUCUUGAUGUUAAUGGAGAUUGCGAAGAAAGAUUAGAGAGAGUUUAUGAAAUUAAUGUCAAUACAACUUAAUUGCCAUAAUUGAUAGCCAUGAAACCAAUUGAUGAUAACAGAUUCUACAAGUAUAAAAAUGGACCAUCGGAUCCAGUUUAAUUUUAUGAGCAAAUUUCAUCAGGAUAAAUAAAACCCUUCUAUAGAGAUGAAGGCAUAUUAUAAAAUUUAUAUGAUGGUGCAGGAAUCUAUAAGUUGACUAGAUCUACUUAUUAUCCAUUCAUUAAAGAACAAAACGAUAAAGGUGUAGAUGUUGUUGUUACAUAUACUGCUAAGAAAUGCUAACCAUGCAAAGAUUUUAGACCAGAUUAUAAUGAAGUAUAUAAAAAGGUAAUUUAAUCAAUUUGCUAAGUUUAGCAUAAAUAAGCCAUUGAAGGCAAAGUCAUUUUUGCAAGAUGCGACAUUGAAAAUAAUGAGAUUGACGAUCUUCAUAUUGAUAACUAUCCUCAUGUUAAAUUAUAUGCAGCUGGAAAAGAACAUCCAUUCACAUUACACUUAUAAAAGACUGAAGAGAAUUUGACUUAAUGGUUAAGCGAAUAAAGCAAUUAUGGAAGUAUUUUCAAAGUUAAAACUGAUUUGUGA